CACUGUUCCAGAGUGAGUCGUUAUUGUCAUCAUGAAGGAGCUGUUGACGUUCUUCACGCUCGCGGGCGCCAUGGUGGUGGUUCAGGCUUCCGGUGAAAGAGGUGAAUGCCACGAGCUGAUACACGAUGUGAUGCACAGAGAAAACAUGAUGGAAUUCAUAGAAAGCUGUAUGGAGGAAAAUGGAAUCGUCCCCGAUCUAGAAAGUACUGAAUCUGGUCGACGACCCGGUGACCGCAAAAGGGUUAUGCUGCGGUUCAUUUCACGUCUUCCUCAAGAAAACCAGACAUCCAUAGUCGCAUGUGUCCUCGAGAAGGAAGGCUUCCUCACAGAUGAUGGUUUAUUCGAUGCAACGAAGUUCAUUGAAGAAAUGAUCACUAAGUUAGAAGAAGCAGAGCAAACUACGCAAGUAGAGGCUAUGUUGGCUGCCAUAGAGGACGGCGUUUGUGUAAUCAAGGAAAGGAAACCAAACUUAUGGAUAGUCUUCGAUUUCGUAAAUUGCCUCAAAAAUGAGUGUAAAGAAGCAACUGACCCAUUAUCUGAAGAAGCAUAAUAAUGAACACGGAAAGAGUAAAACAACGGUAACUGGAAAUCCAAUGGACGCUCCUUUCAAAUUAAUCCUGUCAAUGUUGAUUCGAUUCAGAAUCUUUUGAAUCCAGAAUCUAAUUUCAAAUCCAUCUUUAUUUUCGACACCUCUUCCUAAUAAAUCUUUA